CGAACGGCACGUAUAUACGAUAUAUGUUGAACCCCAUCAUGCAUCUACCAUCAAUGGGUCCGCCCGCUGCUGGUAUAUGCUGUCUACCGCACCAUCUCCAUGUUGCGCCGACGCUGCGACGGUACACCUGGCCGCUCAGUUGCAGCGACCUCCGGUCCUUCUAACCUGGUCGGCCGUAUCGCGGGGUGCCAGCGUGGCCAUGGCCAUAAUAUAAGUACAAUCGCAGGCAGGGAUGCCCCUGCCCUGUCCUCCAAUAUGCAUACUAGCUACAAGGAAGCCGCCUACUACAGUCAUGAUACAAUUAAGGAAAUGGACGGGUCCAGCUUCCACCUACCGACCGGUGCAGAGGCUGAGCCUGGCGUCCCGCCACAUAACCUCUCUCUUGAAGUCGGCUGCGUCGCGAGCAUCAUGCGCAACCUCUCCAUUGAAAAGGGCCUGGUUAAGAAUGUGGGGUGCAGGUGGACAACUUACUUACCAAUGUCGUCCAGGUGCGCCUCCUGCAACAUAAUCAGCUACUAACCUCUCAAAUUACUGGUCAGGAGAUGCAGAUCUUCUGCCUCCCUCGCAUCACCUUCGAAUUCCGACCGCACCGUGCCAAUUGGACCGUCCAGCGUCGCCAGUUCCCAAUGCCGCUGGCACGCCACCACUUUCAACAGUUGC